GAGGGUUAAUAGACCAUGCAUUCGUAUCAAUCAACAGUUUAGUUAAAGUACAAAAUUAAGAUGACCCCAAGGACUCGUGAUACAUUAUCUUCUAUGUUUGAGUUAAUAUCCUACGUGAAAUACCAAAUAUUUAAAACAACGCAUGUGGAAAUCAUUGGCAAAAAAGAGAAAAGUGGUUGGAAAUUUCACUAUAUAUAUUAACUCGUAACAAUGAUAGUUAGUCACCCAAAAGCAAAAUCUAAAUAGAAAGAAAGAAGUAAGAAAUGGCAACCCUUAAGUGCAUUGACUGGCAAUUCAGCGGAAGCGAAGCAGCCAAAGAAGCUGCCGGGGCCAGCUUAGGCACAUAUACCUCUGCACUCUAUGCUUUGUGCGAUCCUAGUGGCAAAUCCAUUUUGCCCCCACGAAAUGAGAUCCUGGAGACCAGCAAUACAGCCGAAAAAGCAGUUGUUAAAGCCGUUCUUUAUGGCACGGGAAACGCCUAUGCUCCUAGCGUUGGCCUCGCAACCGCCAAACGUGCCGUAGCAGAUUAUCUAAACCAAGGUCUUCCAAAGAAGCUUACAGCAGAUGACGUGUUUAUGACUCUUGGAUGCAAACAAGCCAUUGAGCUCGCGGUAGACAUUCUGGCUAAACCGAAAGCCAACGUUUUGCUUCCGAGUCCUGGCUUCCCAUGGGACCUAGUCCGCUCCAUCUACAGGAACCUUGAGGUCCGCCACUAUGAUUUCCUUCCCCAAAAGAACUUUGAGAUCGACUUUGAUAGUGUCCGAGCGCUCGUGGACGAGAACACGUUUGCCAUAUUUAUAAUCAACCCCCACAAUCCCAAUGGGAACACCUACUCCGAGGCUCAUCUCAAACAGCUCGCUGAAUUGGCUAAGGAACUCAAGAUUAUGGUAGUUUCUGACGAGGUUUUUAGAUGGACACUCUUUGGGAGUAACCCUUUUGUUCCGAUGGGAAAAUUCUCGUCGAUAGUACCAGUGGUUACACUUGGAUCCAUAUCAAAGGGAUGGAAAGUCCCAGGAUGGCGAACUGGUUGGCUCGCGCUACAUGAUCUAGAUGGUGUCUUCAGAAACACCAAGAUCUUACAAGCUGCACAAGAAUAUCUCCAGAUAAACAAUAAUCCUCCGACUGUUAUCCAGGCGGCUAUUCCUGACAUCUUGGAGAAAACUCCUAAAGACUUCUUCGAUAAGAGGCAAAGUUUUCUGAAAGACAAAGUUGAAUUUGGUUAUUCUAAGCUCAAGCACAUACCUAGCCUCACUUGCUACAUGAAACCUGAGGCGUGCACCUUCUUAUGGACCGAGCUUGAUUUAUCGAGCUUUGUGGACAUCGAAGAUGAUCAAGACUUUUGCAAUAAGCUUGCUAUAGAAGAAAACCUCGUCGUUUUACCAGGGAUUGCAUUUAGUCAGAAGAAUUGGUUGAGGCAUUCUAUCGAUAUGGAGACUCCGGUAUUGGAGGAUGCAAUGGAAAGACUGAAGAGCUUCUGUGAUCGCCAUUCCAUUAAAAAAGCUCCACUCAAAGACGUCAAUGGUGUCAAGUAAAGUGUCAAUAUGGAUCUUUGCCUAAGUCUUUUACGUAUGCUAUAAAAAUAAAUAAAUGAGUGUUUAUUGGUUUGAGGUACAAAUCAUGAACACUUAAGUAUUUGUAACAAAUAAAAUUGGUGCACUUAUCAUCAAUCGUGUGUAAUAUUUUCUCAUAGUUUGCAAUGUCUUUGUGUAUAUCUACUUUUGAAAUAAAAUUAUUAAAUUCCAAUCUC